UUAACCGUGCGGCUUUCCAUACACAAACAUCGGGUCGCGUGCGAUUGAGCGCAGUGUAAAUUAUGACACAUGCUCUACUACUGUUUAUAGGUCUAUAAAAUAUGGAUUAAGUUGCAAUUAUUUUUUAAACGAUAUAUCAGAUUCGUUUUUGAUCGAUGCUAUAAAGGGAUUGAACAGCAUAUCAUGCGACCAGUGAGGAAAAUUGUAUCAAGUUGAAUAAGUAAUCGCCGGCGUGUAUGCAAAGAGUUGCACAGGACAACACUCGCGAUUCAAUGUGUCACAGUUGAUUUAAAAAAAUGUACGAGAUGGAACUAAAAGAACCAGUAAAGAAGAAGAGAUGCAUGAGAGAGGUUAUCUCAACUUUGCCUUUGGAGUACAGCAGUAAGGGCGAAUUAACGAAAUUUCAUGCAAACUUAACUCCAUUGGGAUCUUGCGUUACUGACCCAGUUGCGAUGAAAAAAAUCUACGAAAUGGGCUUUUUUGGAAAAGGAUCCCUGUCAAAAAGUGAACCACAAUUCGGUAGGGUACGUUUUGGUGCACCACCUGUCAUACGUGACAGACAGUAUAAGAGGCGACAAGAAUGGUUCGAUCAAGUAAAAAAGUUUAGCAGAGAGACUGCGUUUGAGGAUGACAAAAGUGCAAAUGGUCGAUCAAUAUCUGAAGGUGAAAUUAAGACAGAUGCAAAAAAUUCUAUUGACUCUUCUGAAACUCAUAAUUCAUCAAUUGAUUCAGAUAUUAUUGAUUUAGAUAAUGAAAAUCAAGAUAAACCAGCAGUUGAUAUUGAAACGUUGGAUAAUGAUAUGAAAGAUAAUCAAAUCAAUGAGGAAAGUUGUGAAGCAGACACAGAAAAUGAUGAAGUUAUUCUUGAUUCCACUGAAGAAGAAGAUACCUCUGGUACUUUAGAUGAAUACUAUCAAAUAAAUAAUCAAUUCAUGACAAAUGGAGAAGUAUGGACUACGGAUAAUAAUUUUUCCAAGGAACACUCAGAACUACAGGGAAAAUUAUUGGUUUUGGAAGAUAGUGACUCUGAUACAGAUGAAAACUACUUAAUCAACUGCAAACCUAGAAUAAAAAAUGAAAACUUUCCAGUCAUAGAGACUUUGCAUUUGACAUUUGCAGAAACUUUUUUUUUGGCUUAUGGUCUUGGAUGUCUAAGUGUCAUUGAUCUUGAUGGAAAAAUUCUUAGCUUGAGAGAGUUUUGGGAUUACUUGAAUAAAAAUCCAAAUUUUUUACACAAUUAUGUAACUUAUCACUAUUUUCGUAGUAAAGGUUGGAUCGUGAAAAGUGGCCUAAAGUAUGGUGGAGAUUUCUUGCUUUAUAGAGGAGGCCCACCAUAUUAUCACUCUUCAUACAUUGUUAUAAUUGAAGUGUUGGAUGCUGUUAGUUUUAAAAAAAUUGAAGAAAAGUGUAUGACAAAUACAAGUGGGAAUAGGUUAACAGGCAUGCUAAGAACAGCAGAAUCAGUAGGAAAAGAAAUUUUGUUUGCUCAAGUAAUGUGGCCAUCAACAGUUCCAUUAAAUGGAGCCCCAGCAUCAUUUUCUCAAUUUACUGUUGAGGAAGUACUUUCUCAAUUCACUGUUAGAGAAGUAUUGUGUAGACGUAGGAAAUUAAAACAGGAUACUUUUUCUUCAAAUACAAAGGAAGAUGAGGAUGAAGAGGAUGGUUAUUCUUCUUGAUGCUACUAAGUACAUAAUCCAAAAUUGUAUAUAAAAAAGAGAUAAUGUACUUACAAUCAAUGUUUUAUUUAUAAGAUAUGGAAUUUUUGUACAGAUCAAGUGCACACUAAAUAAUAUUAGUAAAUUUAUUUUACAAAUAGAACAACACAAAAACAAUGUAAAUAAGUCAACUCCUCGUGCAUUAGGUCUUUCAAACAAGCUUUUUCAUAUAAUGGAAUGUUAAAUUAAUAAUAAUAUGAAAUUAAUAAUAAUAUGAAAUUAAUACACACUUGAAUUAUCGAGU